AUGUCGUACCCUUAUGGCCAACCGGGUUAUCCCGGUCAAUACCCUCCUCCGGGUCAGUAUCCUCCUCCGAGCCAAUGGUCGGCACCACCACCUCCUCCUCAAGGGUACAAUCAACCUCCUCAAGGUUAUUAUCAACCUCCCCCUCCUCCUGGCCCCCCUCAGGGUUAUAAUCAAUACGGGCCCCCUCCUGGUCCUCCUCAACCUCCUCAAGGAUAUAAUCAAUAUCCCCAAGGCCAAUACCCCCCUGCGCAAGCCCCGUAUGGCCAGCCUUACCCCCCAGCACCCGUAGGACCGCCUACACCUCACAGUCUAGGAUAUGGGCCACUCCCACAAAUUCAAUGGGAUGCAACUCCUGACGCGCGGGCACUAAGGGGCGCAAUGAAAGGUUUCGGCACAGACGAGAAGACGUUAAUUCGUGUUCUAUCCUCCAAAGAUCCUAUACAGAUUGAGGCUAUCAAAGCAACUUACUUCCGGAAUUUCAGCCGCACGCUCGAAAAGGAUAUAACAUCAGAGACGAGAGGAUGGUUCGAGACAGGACUAAUCGCGGUUGUCAGAGGACCUUUACUCCACGAUGUACAUCUCUUGCAUUCAGCAAUGGAUGGGCCUGGGACGAAGGAAAAGAUCCUCAACGACGUCUUGCUAAGUCGCAGUAAUGCGGAUAUGAAUGCCAUCAAGAGUAUGUACCAACAAACAUUUCGCCGGUCACUAGAGAGCGACGUGAAAGGAGAUCUCAGCAUGAAAACCGAAAGACAUUUCAUGAUCGUACUAGGCGCAAACAGGGCCGAAGACAGUGCUCCGGUCAUCCCCCAAGCUAUCGAUCAGGAUGUCAUGGAAUUAUAUCGCGCCACAGAGGGUAAAGUCGGUACGGAUGAAAUGAUGGUGUGCUCGAUACUAUCUACGAGAAACGAUAAUCAAAUACGGGCUAUUAAUCACGCCUACGAGCAAAAGUUCAGACGACGCUUAGAGGAUGUUAUAAGAAAGGAGUUUAGUGGGCAUAUGGAGGAGGCUUUACUAUAUCAGCUGCGGAAUGCCAUCGACAAAUAUAUGCAUGCAGCUGCUUUACUCGAGGACGCAAUGGCAGGUUUAGGUACGAAGGACCAUCUACUAGUCUCGAGAGUAGUCCGAUACCACUGGGACAAGCAGAUGAUGGCAAAUGUCAAGGGCGCAUAUCAGCAACGGUAUCGUCGAAGUCUUGCCGGCCGCAUUAAAGGCGAAACGAGCGGAGAUUACGAGAGGCUUAUGCUAGGCUGUCUUGGGGAGCCGGUCUGA